GGCACAACGACGACGACCUUCAAUCAAUCAAUCCAACCUGUACCUUCUGCACGACAACACAACACAACACUCACUGCCGAUCGAUCGAGACACGCAGCGCAUCAUCGCACCAGUGUCAUGUUCUCGUGUUGUCGCCGGCCAUCGUCGCCCAGACACGAUGAGAGACCCAAGGAGGGAAGUGCAGAGAAGGCCGCAAUGCCCUUCGAAGAGCUGUCCCGCGCAACAGCAGCCGCUGAGGCUGCCACCGACGUACACAAUGUGCAAGAGGAGCAGGGGCAGGGGCAGCACGAUCAACACGACCAGCAAAAACAACAAAAGCAAGAGCAGCAAGAGCAACAAGCGCAGCAAGAGCAGCAGCAAGCGCAGCAAGAGCAGCACGAGCCCGUGCAUGUGAGCAGUGAGCUUCCCCACUCGACGGAAGCAGCACCUAACAAUCAAAGCAACGGCAAUGUUGUUGCGGGAGCAGACACUUCAGAUCAUCAAGAAGCACAGCUGGACAACCCGAACGGCCUCAACGCCAGCAACGAUGCCAGUCGCAGUGAGCUGCGGCAGGAAGAGCCUGCAACAGCUAACCAGUGUCCUCAAGACACAACAGCCUCCCCGACCACCAAGACCGCCACGAGCAGCAGCAUGCAGAUGCAGGGCGUCUGCAUGGCCGGGUUGAACCAGUUCCUGAACGACCUGAAGGCAGAGCACCCACAGCACUGGCAAACCAUGACAACAACAGACGCGUGCACUGAGCUGGUGAUCCCUCGCACGGGAGACAAGCAGUGCGCAUAUGUGGACAUCAUGAAUCCAGAGCAUGUGGGCGCAGCGACGGUGUUUGUGUCGCAUGCGUGGCGCUACAAGAUCGCCGACGUGCUCGGCACCUUGCUGGAGCAUGCGGAGGAAGAGCAAGCAAAGGGUAAUCCAGAACCCUUCUUCUGGUUUGAUCUCUUUAUCAACAACCAGAACAUUGCCGCGGAUCUACCACAGGACUGGUGGAGCACGACCUUCAAGGAAUCAAUCAAGGCCAUUGGAAGAGUGGUGCUGGUGCUGACGCCCUGGCACGACCCCAUGCCUGUCACACGUGCGUGGUGCCUGUGGGAGAUCUUCUGCAGCGCCAGCCAGGAAGGGGUGGAGCUGACCAUCCGGCUGCCGAGCGCAGAGCGGCAGGAACUCAAGGCCGCCGUGAUGAAGGACGCAGAUCUCGCCGUGACAGACACAAUGGUGCGCGUGCAGGCUGAGCGCGCAGAGGCGUGGAACCCCAAGGACAAGGAGAUGAUCUUCAAGGCCAUUGAGGAGAGCGUCGGGUUUGCGCACGUCAACAAGGUGGUCAAGGACCAGAUGCGAGCGUGGUGCCUGACAGAGCUGCUGCGGUUCGUGCAGGAGGCAGAGCAAGCGGCUGAAGAUGACGGGUUGCGGUCGUUUGCGCUCCUGUGCAACCGCGUUGGGCUGGUGCUGUUUCAUUUUGGCGAGCGGGCACGUGCGACAGAGUUGUAUGAGAAGGGGUUGGCGCUGGAAGAGCAGGCACUGGGGACAUAUCAUCCCGACACAGCCACCUCCCACCACAACUUGGGCCAAGUGUACUUCACGCGUGGCGAAUGCAAGCGCGCCAUCGCCUGCUACGAACGCAGCCUGCACAUUACUUUGAACACGCUGGGCGAGAAGCACCCGCACACCGCCAUUGUGUGCCACUCACUGGGCGAGGCCUAUGCUGAACUUGGUGACUACCACUCUGCCAUUGGCAACUUUGAGCUCUGCCUCCAACUCACCAUCAGCACCAUCGGCGAGAAAAACCCUCAGGUGUGCGCGUCCCUGCACAGCCUGGGCCGCAUCUACGGCAAAGUUGGCGAGUACGGAAAGGCCGUAGGCUACCUUGAGAAGGAUCUUGAAAUCACGCUGGAGACGGUUGGCGAGAAGCACCCGUCCACCGCCGUCUCGUACAGUACACUUGGGCAGGUGUAUCGUGACGCGGGCCACUAUGACAAGGCCAUCGAACUGUUUGACAAGGCGCUGCAGAUCAAGCUGGACACCGUUGGCGAGCAGAAUGCGGAGACUGUGCGCACCCUCAACGACCUUGGGCAGGCAUACAACAGCAAGGGCGAGCAUGAGCGUGCCAUCGAGUGCCUGGAAAAAGGGCUUGCGCUGGCGCUCACCUUCAUGGGCGACACGCACCAGGACGUGGCUUCACUGUACAACAGCCUUGGGCUCGUGUACGGGGCCAAGGGCAUGCACGAUGCGGCACUUGAGAUGUACGAGAAGACGCUUGGCAUUGAGCUGGCGACACUUGGCGAGGAACACCCGUCUGUUGGCGUGUCGUACCACAACAUCGGGCACACGUACAGGCGGAUGGGGGAUUUGGCCAACGCAAAGAAGAACCUUGCGCACGCGGUGCACAUAUGGAUGGAGACGCUGGGGCCAGACCACCCACACACGCGCACAGGACUCAAUUCGCUCAUAGUGCUGGACAGCGACAGCGAAAGCGACGACGAAGAUGAAGGCGAGCGAGAAUGCGAACGCGGAGAGGAGAGUGAAGGUGAGAGUCAAGUGCCACUGGCGUCAGGAGAGAAUGGCGGUGAUGCCGAUGAUUCUGGUGACAGCGAGCACCAAGAUGGCGGCGGUGCCGGGGAGGAGAGGGAUAGCGCUCGUGAGGACGCUGAGGAGGAGAGCGAGGGCGUUGAGAAGAUGGAUGAGGGCGCCGAGGUGAUCACAUCCACAUCAACCGCUUGA